AGAGAGUACCGCCCUUCAGUUGUGUUUAAAUGUGAAGCGGAAAAUCAUCUCUGUGGCUCAGGGGAGUGAAGAGGCGAUUCUAGUGUUAGAGCGGGUUUGCCGUGUUUUAGAUCAUAGCGCUCUCUCUGUCUUUCGCUCUUUGUUUGUCCUACAGUGUCCCUGAUUUCAGCUUCAGGCUUCAAAGUGAGAAGAACUGAGAGUUUCUACAAGACAACAAUACCUGGACCCGGGAAUAUCUAGACACCUCGCAAUGGAUGGAUUGAGGACAAAGUAUUGAGUUCUCCUACGACUGUCCCUGAAUGACACAGAGGAGUGUUGGGAUGUCGUGGCUGGUGUGGGUGUGGGUCAGUGUGACAGUCCUGCUGAUGUGUGAGGCCACUUUCUACGAGACCAUCCAGCAGCACCUGGCCCCUCCUGGAACCAACAUACAGAUCCUCGAAGGAGGGACAUGCGAGGUGAUUGCGGCCCACAGGUGCUGUAACAAAAACAAAAUAGAAGAGAGAUCUCAGACCGUGAAGUGCUCCUGUUUACCAGGGAAAGUAGCAGGAACCACCAGGAAUAAACCCUCCUGUGUUGACGCCUCUAUAGUGAUUGGGAAGUGGUGGUGUGAGAUGGAGCCGUGUCUGGAGGGAGAAGAAUGCAAGACUCUACCAGAUAACUCCGGCUGGAUGUGCUACUCCGGAAACAAGAUCAAAACCACCAGGAAUACCCACCCAUACACAUCCUUGUAGCAGAUAUAGAGUCACUGGAAAGCUCAUAACGGAGAAACUUUACAAAGGGAAAUAUCCAAGACGACAAGCUGAAUUAAGUUUUCCCAACUCGAAACCAACAGGCGUCUAAUGACUUGACGUGGAGCCCUUUUCUCAUAAAUCCAUCUGUCUCUAACACGGACACCAGACUUUCUAAGAGAAUCGUUGUGGGCGUGGAACUGCUGGUUCUUUCAUUGUUUUGUUUGACAAUUGUCAAAUAUUUGUUUCAUCUCAGUGAGUCCUGGAUAAUUAAACUUGUAUCCCUUUGUGUGGAGUGCACUCAAACCAGCUACACCUUGCCUGAAAUUAUCUUCAACUGUAAAAUUCUUGGAUGUUCCUAUGUCUCCGGAAGAACAUGUUAAUUUUCCUACUGUAUGUAGUAAAACUGGCUUCCUGUUCAUGUGGAUAUUCAGAAGGGGAUCGUCUUCAAGCAACUUUAAUAAAGACACUUUGUGCAUAAAAUGCAGAGGAGCAUGUGUACAUGGAAUGACUGAUCCCAUCCAAUCCAGCCGGAGAUGUUUCUCCAUUUCUUGGAACAUUAUAUCAGAUUAAGAGUUCUGAAUGAAUUAUGGUGUGAUACUAAAACCAAAUAAGUCCUUAGCAUGAUUUUAUGGGAGGUUGUAAAUAUAGAUGAAAGAAAUGUUUUUUCGUAAAUAAAAUUAAUUCAAAAAAUGGUGAUAAUUAUGUUACAACUAUAUUUAAUUUGCAAUAAACAAUAGUUUCAAUGUGAAAAUAAUGGGUGAGAAGGAGCAAAUGAACAGCCGUUUACGUGUUCUUGUUCAUUGUUCUAUUGAUUGGUAAAAGGUGCUAUUUUUUAUUUUUGGGCUUCAGUAAUAUUUUGACAAAUUGAGUCAUCAAGGCUUAACUGAAGUGUUCUCAAAAUGUACAUGUUUAAUGAAAAACUAAUAGACCUUCACUUUGGCUACAGCAAUAUAUAAAAGCUGUGGAUUUAUUACUGAAGUUAAUGAAGCCUGAUUGAAAUAUGCUGGUGCAUGCACAUAAAAUACCGUGACAUUCAAAUAUUCUGAAGCAAAUUCAUUUCCCAUUGUUCAAAUAUACCUUCAUUAAAUGGCACAAGACCUACUAAGACCCUUCUGUAUAUUAAGGGUUCUGGUCAUUUGAAUGGACUGAAGGGUCUUUGAAUGUGUAGGCAGGCAGUCUGCACUGAAGGACACUGAAAAUUCUGACACCCGCUGGGACAUUUACCUGUCGUUUACAUUCAGAAAUAGUCCUCUCCGCUCGGAGCAGCUGAGGGCCAGAGCACGCACUCACUCUGAAUAUGUAGCUCUAGCAUUUUAAGCAGGGAGCUGGGAACAUAAGAGCCUCAGUGUUGCUGUCGGCAUUCAGAAAUGAGGCUCUAACUACAGGCUGAGUGAAUACAGAUCACUACAUUUACAGUCCUCCACAUGGGACAGCAGAGGAUGAACUUUAGCCCUCACCUUCAGUGGAGCUUUGGUGGAAUUUCAAACAGUUGACUCCAGAGUAUCAGAGAGGAAAAAUGAAUAGGCUGCACGGAUAUCUUAUAAGCAAAUACCAGCAUUUUCUCUUGCAGGCUGAGCUUUUGUCUGAGAGGUCUUCAAAUGUUUUUUUUGCUAAAUGAAAAAAGUUCCUUUGUGUUGUGGAAAAGAUUUACAAUAUAAACAGGAAUCAUAAAAAAAUAUUGUCGGUUUAACUUAAAAAAAAAAGUAACCUGGUUGCCUUAAAAUGUUAAGU